AUGUCAGAAAAGAAGCCACGAGGUUUGGACACUCGUCCCAAAUCUGGCCUCCGCAGUUGGAGUGCAGACAGUUAUGCCUGGCGGGGGAAGAAGCGCUCCAGGAGCUCUCAUAACGGGUCGAGUCCGGGAGGGCUGGAGACGGAGGGGACGGAGGAGCUGGGUGUGAGGUCGACAUCCUGUCCAAGGCGGCGGAGAGAGAGAAAGUGCAGCUGCAACACUCUUGGGGAUACACUGACAUCUGCAGACAUUGAUGUAGUGUGUCGGAAGGCCUUGUCACGCCGCUCUCUGCGGCAGAAGUUCCAGGAUGCUGUGGGCCAGUGUUUUCCUCUGCGCUCUCACCAUCAUCACCAUCAUCACCUUCACCAUCCAUCAGGCUCCUCGCGACCCCUCUCAGUGCUCUUCUGGUCCAAACGCAAGAUCCAUGUCUCAGAGCUUAUGCAGGAAAAGUGUCCCUUCUCACCCAAAUCUGAAUUGGCCCGAUGUUGGCACCUUAUAAAAAAUCAAGUCACCCACCAAAGUGCUCUCAAGGACAUGGAGACUCCCCUCAAACCCAAUCUCUCCUCCUCCUCUUCCUCCCCACCACAGACCCCCCUCUCCUGGGAUGACAUCUGCUGCUCUCCUGGGCCUGGAGGCACCAAUCUGGAGGACUGGGACCCUUCUUGUCCUGUGGGAGCAGAGGGAAACUGCAGUCACACUGACUACAUACUGGUCCCAGAUCUGCUCCAGAUCAACAACAGCUCCUGUUACUGGGGUGUGUUGAACCGCUUUGAGGCAGAAGAGCUCCUGGAGGGCAAACCAGAGGGAACGUUUCUGCUCCGAGACUCUGCCCAGGAUGAGUUCCUCUUUUCGGUCAGCUUCCGUCGCUACAGCCGCUCUCUGCAUGCACGCAUAGAGCAGAACGACAAGCGCUUCAGCUUUGAUGUGCGCGACCCGUGCAUGUACCGCGACCCCAGUGUGACGGGACUGCUGCGGCACUACAGUGACCCGGCCACUUGCCUCUUCUUUGAGCCCCUCCUUUCUCGGCCGCUGCCAAGGACCUUCCCUUUCACCUUGCAGCACUUGUGCAGGGCUGUGAUCUGCAGCCACACCACCUACCAGGGCAUAGACAACCUGCUGCUGCCGCCGCAGCUCAGGGACUACCUCCGACAGUACCACAUCAAGUGUGACGGAGCCUGCGCUGUGUGA